UGCAAACAACUCUGGCGAUGCCAAAAUUCCCCUCCAAGUGACACGGCUUUGCUAAGGAGGUUUCCUCAGGCUGGGCUCUUUCUCUUAUUCGCUCUGCCUUCCUCAGCGACGAUUAUAAAAGCUUUGGUCUGGUAACAGGAAUUGAGGGGGACAAAAAGAAAAAAAAGAAAAAGCUGUGCUAAACUAUCGUGACCUCAAACUCUUUGGACUUUUUUUUUUUUUAAAUAUUGAAAGAAAAUCCAUCCUCAAAGACAAUCAGCAUAGGCGGAGAUGGAAGUUUUACCCUUGCUCUUGGUUUUGUCCUUCUGGUGGUCUCGAACCUUGGAUUCGGCGAGUGCGGAUUCUAUCAUUCACAUCGGAGCAAUUUUUGAUGAAUCUGCCAAAAAGGAUGAUGAGGUGUUUCGCACAGCAGUUGGCGACCUCAACCAGAAUGAGGAGAUUUUACAGACUGAGAAAAUCACAUUUUCGGUGACAUUUGUUGAUGGCAACAACCCUUUUCAAGCAGUUCAAGAAGCCUGUGAACUCAUGAAUCAAGGCAUCUUGGCCCUGGUCAGCUCCAUUGGCUGCACAUCAGCUGGGUCCCUCCAGUCUCUGGCAGAUGCCAUGCACAUCCCCCACCUCUUCAUUCAGCGCUCAACAGCUGGGACCCCAAGGAGUGGCUGUGGAGUCACCCGGAGCAACAGGAAUGAUGACUACACUCUCUCUGUUAGGCCACCUGUCUACUUAAAUGACGUUAUCCUGAGAGUGGUCACAGAAUAUGCCUGGCAGAAGCUAAUUAUAUUCUAUGAUAGUGAAUAUGAUAUCCGUGGAAUACAGGAGUUUUUGGACAAAGUGUCUCAGCAGGGGAUGGAUGUUGCACUUCAGAAGGUAGAAAACAACAUCAAUAAAAUGAUCACCACUCUCUUUGAUACCAUGAGAAUAGAGGAAUUGAAUCGCUAUCGAGACACUCUUAGGCGAGCCAUCCUUGUUAUGAAUCCUGCCACAGCCAAAGCCUUCAUUACUGAGGUUGUGGAGACGAAUUUGGUUGCUUUUGACUGUCACUGGAUCAUUAUAAAUGAGGAAAUAAAUGAUGUGGACGUACAGGAACUUGUAAGAAGGUCAAUUGGAAGGUUAACCAUCAUUCGUCAGACAUUUCCAGUCCCCCAGAAUAUAAGUCAGCGAUGUUUCCGUGGCAACCAUCGAAUAUCUUCAACGUUGUGUGAUCCAAAGGAUCCAUUUGCUCAGAAUAUGGAGAUUUCAAACCUUUACAUAUAUGACACGGUGCUUCUGCUUGCUAAUGCUUUUCAUAAGAAGCUGGAGGACCGAAAGUGGCACAGUAUGGCUAGUUUGUCAUGUAUCAGAAAGAACUCCAAGCCCUGGCAGGGAGGGCGUUCCAUGCUGGAGACCAUCAAGAAGGGUGGAGUUAGUGGGUUGACUGGAGAGCUAGAAUUUGGAGAAAAUGGAGGCAAUCCCAAUGUCCACUUUGAAAUUCUUGGAACCAACUAUGGAGAAGAGCUUGGCCGAGGUGUUCGCAAACUUGGGUGCUGGACUCCUGUCACAGGGCUGAAUGGGUCCCUGACUGACAAGAAACUGGAGAAUAACAUGCGUGGAGUGGUCCUACGUGUGGUGACUGUUCUGGAAGAACCUUUUGUAAUGGUCUCUGAAAAUGUCCUGGGUAAGCCAAAGAAAUACCAAGGCUUCUCCAUUGAUGUUUUGGAUGCCUUAUCUAACUACCUGGGUUUUAACUAUGAAAUUUAUGUUGCACCGGAUCACAAGUAUGGAAGCCCACAAGAAGAUGGGACAUGGAAUGGCUUGGUGGGAGAACUAGUGUUUAAGAGGGCCGACAUAGGGAUUUCUGCUUUGACUAUCACCCCAGACCGUGAGAAUGUGGUGGACUUUACAACACGUUACAUGGACUACUCAGUGGGAGUCCUACUUCGAAGGGCUGAAAAGACAGUGGAUAUGUUUGCCUGUCUUGCACCAUUUGAUCUCUCACUAUGGGCUUGCAUUGCUGGCACAGUUCUUCUGGUCGGUCUACUGGUCUACCUCUUGAAUUGGCUUAAUCCCCCAAGAUUACAAAUGGGGUCGAUGACUUCUACCACUCUCUACAACUCCAUGUGGUUUGUGUAUGGAUCCUUUGUACAGCAAGGUGGGGAAGUCCCAUACACAACUCUGGCUACCCGAAUGAUGAUGGGGGCUUGGUGGCUAUUUGCUUUGAUUGUCAUCUCAUCUUACACAGCAAACCUUGCUGCUUUCCUCACUAUCACCCGCAUUGAAAGCUCCAUCCAGUCUCUCCAGGACCUUUCCAAGCAAACAGAUAUCCCUUAUGGCACAGUCCUGGACUCUGCGGUAUAUGAACAUGUUCGCAUGAAGGGAAUGAAUCCUUUUGAGAGGGACAGCAUGUAUUCCCAAAUGUGGCGGAUGAUCAACCGAAGCAAUGGAUCAGAGAAUAACGUUCUGGAGUCCCAAGCAGGCAUUCAAAAGGUAAAAUAUGGAAAUUAUGCUUUUGUAUGGGAUGCAGCUGUAUUGGAAUACGUGGCUAUCAAUGACCCAGACUGCUCCUUUUACACCAUUGGGAAUACUGUUGCUGAUCGAGGAUAUGGAAUUGCAUUGCAGCAUGGCAGUCCUUACCGGGAUGUUUUUUCACAAAGGAUCCUGGAGCUUCAGCAGAGUGGUGACAUGGACAUCCUGAAGCACAAAUGGUGGCCCAAGAACGGCCAGUGUGACCUGUACUCCUCAGUGGACACGAAGCAGAAAGGAGGUGCCCUGGACAUAAAGAGCUUUGCAGGGGUUUUUUGCAUCCUGGCUGCGGGGAUCGUCCUCUCCUGCUUUAUAGCCAUGCUGGAGACGUGGUGGAACAAGAGGAAAGGCUCCAGGGUCCCAUCAAAAGAGGAUGACAAGGAAAUUGACCUGGAGCACCUCCAUAGACGUGUAAAUAGCUUGUGCACAGAUGACGACAGCCCCCAUAAACAGUUUUCCACCUCGUCAAUUGACUUGACCCCUCUGGACAUUGACACUUUGCCAACACGACAAGCACUGGAGCAAAUCAGUGAUUUCAGGAACACUCAUAUUACCACAACAACCUUUAUCCCAGAGCAGAUCCAGACUCUUAGCCGUACACUGUCCGCUAAAGCUGCCUCUGGUUUCGCUUUUGGCAACGUGCCUGAGCACCGAACUGGCCCUUUUAGGCACAGGGCACCUAAUGGGGGCUUUUUCAGGAGUCCUAUAAAAACAAUGUCAUCUAUUCCUUAUCAACCAACUCCUACCCUGGGGCUCAAUCUGGGUAAUGAUCCAGACCGAGGCACCUCCAUAUGAGCACCCAACAAAAUCUCUUCACUGUUUCUUUUGUAGGACUCCCUUUGCAAGGAGCGACUGUAAUAUUGUGGGACUAACAUGGAUGUAACAUUUUUUUUUUUUUAAUCAGGAGUAUUAGUAACAAUUCUAGUUCUUUCUCUCUACCUUCUCUCUCCUCUGUUUCUUUCUCUCUUUUCUUCCUGGACAUUUCUCUCCACUUUUUUCAUUACUCAAUUGAUUCCCCCAGAAGGUAGUAUACUAGGAUCCUAUUAGUCCGCUUUUCAUAUACUGUACUUCAAGUAUAGGAAACGUGCACUGAGUAUACUAACAGUAUAUGCAGGAUUAAUUUUACAUAAAGGCCUCUUCUGUAACAUUUCUCUAUUUUUAAAAGUAUAAUUGCAAUAACGUCAGUCUUUUUACAUUCUCCUGCUGCAUCCAUACCAUGCUCCACUGCUGCUGAGUGUCCUUUAACUGUGGGCCAAAGGCAACCCCUGCAGUGUUUAUAGAAUAAUCUAAAGACCAUUCAGGCCACAUAAUAUGAGAAUGCAAUUUUGUAGGAUUACAAACAAGCCAUUAAUAUGCCAGUCAAGACUACAGUUAAAACUACUCUUGCACUGCAACAGUGCAUAUGACCUUUAUGCGAUUGUACAGUAUGAAAAGUGUUUUCUUAUGUACAGUAAACUUUAUCAUACGGCAGCAGCCUCUACGGUGUUAAACUAGUAUCUCAUAUAUACAUAUAUAUGCACCUAUAUAAUGUGUAUAUAUAUUCAAAGGAGGCCAUUGCUAUUGCAAUUCAUUUAAUAAAGCUUUAGUUUAAAACACAAGUGUUGUAUACAGGAACUAUGUAUAGUGCAGGGGGUCUUUUCAGUUAGAAAAGGCAGGUUGCUUUAAUGUUAUUCUGACUCGCAUUGUUUGCCAACAGAGAAUAUUUUAUACUUUUGUUAUUAAAACAUCCGGGGCGACUUAAUAUUUGUUCCUAGAUGUAACUCAUUUGAAUAGAUUUUUGCAUUUGUUAUUCAGCAGUGUAUAAAGCUAACCUUGAUAAUUUUACUUUUAAUUAAUUAUCUAAAUGGAAACUGCUAUUAGCUGAACCAUGUCCACCACAGCACGGGGAGCUCUAUACGAGUUUAAACGUAGAUCAUGGAAGGUUAAUAAAUUCUCUUCCAAAGCAGUAAGCCAAUCAAUACAGCUGUAGUUGGGGAGAGACGGGAGCCCUUAAGAAAUAUUGAUGUGGCCUUAAUUACUGUCAUACAUUACCCUAAAGAAGAAAAUACAGCAACCAUACUGGGCUCUCAACUUCAGCCCCUUUUUUUAUUCAGUUCUAUUUGGAGGAGUUAUGUGUUUUUUACAUUAGUGCCAAGUGUAUAGAAGGAUAACAACAAAAACAGUGCCUCUUUGUGCACAACCCUUUUUAAGGUAGCCUUCUUACCUGUUGGAAAUGUAGAAUGAACUUUGUUUGUAAUCCUUAAAUUAAAAUGUGGUAAGUAGGAAGCAAGAACUUAUCCUGUGUUUUUACGCAGCCAUACACUUAUUUUAAUCGAAUUCUUUCCGUGGCUAGGAUUGGUAUAGGAAUCAACCUAUGUGAUUUGCUUUAGGAGAAAUUAAAAAGUAUAUUCUUAAGGUAUAUUAUACUUUGAUGCUAAUUCUGUUCUGGGAAGCAUCUUGUCCUGUCACUGUUUUUGUACUAAAUCUUCAAAUAUUGUCUACUGUGUAAGGCAGAAAAAUUUCUUAUCAUGCAAAAACCAUUUUGUUUCCAGGGUAACAAGUAUCUAAGUGCAUGCACAACUUGUUCUCCCUUGUAACAUUCAUGAUCUCAUUCACGACUCUGAUUUUAAGACAAAAAGUCUUUUCAACAAGCUAUAUAGGGACAUACCAGAUGUUGCAGUGAUUUUAGCUAUCAACAAACUGUUAACCAUGUACAAUAUUUAAAAUAGGCCUAUUUUGAUGUAUUGCCUAUUAUACAAAUACACAAACCACUUUUUGGAGGCCUCAGUUACGAGUGGCAGAGCUUUCUGUGUAUAAUUUGUCUAAAUAAUUUGUCUAAUAAAAAUGUUUUCUAAA